GAAAUGCACCACAAACCCGGAAGUGGGUUUUCGCCAGCGCUCCCCAAAACACGCGAUAUUGCUGAAGAGCAGCACCAAGUAACGUUUAAACGACAAUGUCUACAACGUCCGGAGACGGAGAGGAAAAGGAUGCUGCAAGUUGGCAGAAGUCACCUUUAAACGCACACUCAUCACCAUGGGACCUAUUGCAAAUGUGGCAACCAUUAACUUUGAAUGAGUGGAUUUAAUCAGCAGCAGUCCGAUUUGUGGAGACCGUGGAUUAGAACCGAGACGACAGCUUCCGCACUCAGGGCUCCUUUCAACCCUGCUGAAACGCAACCCAAACCAGCCCUUUUCAUUCACCCAGUCAAGUUGUACUGGCCCAAAACCAAAUGCUUUGACUAUUUGUACCGUGAAGCCGAGAUGCUCCUUCGGAACUAUCCGGUCCAAGCCACCAUCUGCCCCUGUGAAGACUCUUCGUCCAGUGAGGACGACAGCGAGGAAGAAGAGGAGGAUGACUAUGAUGAUGAUGAUGAUGAUGAUGAUUAUGAGAAUGAUGACGAGAUAGAGAUGGCGAAGGAGCUCAACUAAAAAAUUUAUAUAAGUAAAUCAUGUGCAUAAUGCAUUAAUAUAUUUCCUCUUCCUAUUUAUUUUGUAAAUAACUGUAAAUAGACUCUGCGUCAUUUUUUUAUACCAAACAACAAGAACAAAAAAAUGCUUUUAAAUUAUUUUGUCAACGUUUCUACCUCAUUUGUAUUUUGUGCAGCCUUGCAAUAAAAUACG